CCGCGUUAGCGCUGACGACGUUGUCCCACGUAGGAAAAUGGCGAUGAGGGACACCGCGACUGUUGCAACUCAUACUUGCAAAAAACGAGGCGCUACAAUGGUGCCCACGUUGUCUGGUGGAUUUGGCAGAAGUACGCUUUUUGUUUUAUCCGUGGCUUUAUUGCUGCAGGCAGUUUUGGGAGACGGAAAGACUCUCGUUCUGCUGGACAAUCCCAAUAUCAGAGACACUCAUUCAAUCUUCUUCCGCAGUUUAGCAGAUCGUGGGUUUGACCUUACAUUCAAGACUGCUGAUGAUCCUAGUCUCUCUCUGAUCAAGUAUGGCCAGUUCCUCUAUAACCAUCUCAUCAUUUUCUCUCCAUCUGCAGAAGAUUUUGGGGGCAACAUCAAUGUAGAGACCAUAACAGCUUUCAUUGAUGGUGGAGGAAAUGUUCUUGUUGCUGUCAGCUCUGAUAUUGGUGACACUCUGAGAGAGCUAGGCAGUGAAUGUGGUAUUGAAUUUGAUGAGGAGAAAACCGCUGUCAUCGACCACCAUAAUUAUGACGUUUCAGACCCUGGCGAGCACACUCUGAUUGUUGCUGAUCCAGAGAAUCUUCUUAAAGCCCCAACAAUAGUUGGCAAGCCCACUGAUAAACCAGUCCUGUUCAAAGGUGUUGGCAUGGUGGCUGACCCAGAUAACUCUCUGGUGCUGGACAUUCUGACAGGCUCUUCCACCUCUUACUCUUACUUUCCUGAUCGUCCUAUCACACAGUAUCCUCAUGCAGUUGGAAAGAACACCCUCCUGAUCGCCGGUCUCCAGGCAAGAAACAAUGCACGUGUGGUUUUCAGUGGAUCACUGCACUUCUUCAGUGAUGCUUUCUUUAACUCCCCAGUGCAGAAGGCUGUCCCUGGAUCAAAAAGAUAUGAGCUGACUGGUAACCAGGAGCUGGCAGAGGCUCUGUCCCGCUGGGUGUUUAAGGAGGCGGGUGUUCUUAGGGUUGGCGCUGUUACCCAUCAUCCUGUUGGAGAGAGCACACCCCCUGCUGCCUACACCAUCACUGACCUUGUGGAAUACAGCAUUGUGAUUGAAAUGCUGUCUGGUGGCAAGUGGGUACCCUUUGAUGGAGAUGACAUUCAGCUGGAAUUUGUCAGAAUUGAUCCAUUUGUCAGGACGUACCUCAAGAAAAAUGGUGGAAAGUACAGUGUACAGUUCAAGCUUCCAGAUGUGUAUGGAGUGUUCCAGUUUAAAGUUGACUACAACAGACUUGGCUACACACACAUGUACUCCUCAACCCAGGUUUCUGUCCGGCCCUUGGAGCAUACCCAAUAUGAGCGUUUUAUUCCCUCUGCCUUUCCAUAUUAUGCCAGUGCCUUCUCUAUGAUGGCAGGACUCUUUGUCUUCAGUGUUGUCUUUCUACACAUGAGAGAGAAAGAGAAGUCAGAUUAAAAUGGGUAUUAGCAAUGAGGAGUGAAAAGAAAAAACAGAGGCUCCAGACCUCUAGCACAAGUCCGAAUGAAUAGACAUCUGAAAUAUGUUGGUGUGGGCUCAUUAUGGUGAGUUAGAUGAUGUGCCAUUACAUCUUAUGGCAGUAUUUGUAAAUCAUAGAUUUUUUUUUUUCUCCUAUAUUUUUUGGGAUAAUGAACAUCAAUACAAAUAUUUUUUUGUUUUUUUGGACUGGUUUGCCAUUUGGUUAUUUAAAUUAAUUUAGAGGGGCACAUCAUCUUUUUAUUUGUAUAAAAGACAACUUGAAUUGGUUUUUACUGAUGCCAUGCACUGACGUUUGGCUCUUGCUAAGAAGAGAUUGUUUUGAAUUCUACAAUUUGGUAAUGAAAGAGGAAUGGAUGUUCAAAAUGUGGUUGAAAAACCUGAUGUCAGUAAAGUUCACAUUCCACCACUGA